GUGCCCGACUUUGGCACCAGCAACUUCAGGAAGCUGUGUCGGUGCGGGACUUCCAGCAACUGCAGAAUUUUGGUCGACAUGUGCAGAACUGGUUCCAGAUAAGGCACCGGCACCAUGUCGGUCGAAACGAGGAAUUAGAGUGGUGUAGAGUAGGCUAUUUCGGACACAACAUGUAUGAUAAAAGCGGAAGCGAAAGUUUCUAGCUGGUCGAAGUGGUCAUUUUUUUCAAUACCGCGCAAACACCUCCGUGCUAGCUAACCUUCAAGGAACUCAUUUUUGUUUGGUGAGUAGUGUGGCUGACUUUGGCUUGAAACUUAAGUUCAGUGUUAAGUUAAGUUAAGUUAAGUUAAGGUAGGGGAGAGUUACGUUACGCAUUGCAGUAUGGUGGGCCAACCCGAUACCACUUCGGAUGCAUAGACUUAUCCUAAAACCUACUGUUCACUUUGUCUCGUCGGUUAGACAUCUGGUGUAGUGCCAUGGCAAGCGCUCAGCAGUCUGCUGUUGAUUUUAUUAAAAAAGGACGUGCUCUUCUUGAGGAAGGCUUACAUAAUCUCUCCUUAGUUCUCAACAAACUGUGGAAGCAAAAUUUGCUGGAUAAAGGACAAGUUACUCAUAUUCAAUCCUUCAAUGAGCUAUCUGAUAGAUCCAAACAUUUGAUAGACCUGCUGAUCUAUAAAGGUGAGGCCGCUUGCUAUGAACUUUUGAAGAUUUUGGACUCAACAAGAUCUAAAACCUUCCCAACAUCUGGACUACAUAACCCAGAUUUACAUCACUGGAUUAGCUGUUUUUCCUUUGGCGAUGACGUGCUGACUCAAAGUGAAGCUGGGAAAGGUGGUCCAUGUUUAACUUACCAGCAAGAUCUGAAAAGGAAAGCAGUAGAGAUUCUUGAAGAAAAAUGGCGACACAGUAUGAAUUUUCUUAAAAAUGAAACAAGAGAAAAAACAUUUAAAUACACACCACUGGUUUUAGACACAGAGGCCAGUGACGUUGUCAAAAUCAAGUGCAAGCCUCACAAGAAAUCUCGCUCCAAAAAGUUGAAGACCUACAUUCCAACAGACCGAAGGAAUUUGUGCCCUGAGCAUUUGCUGACGAGCAAUGAGAAGAAGAUUCUACUCGUUGGUAAACCCGGAAUUGGAAAAACAACAGUUGCCCAACAAGUUCUGAGGCUUUGGACUGAGCAGGAGGACAAUCAGGGAAGCUAUGUGUUCUACUUUGACGAACCUUUGAUGCGAAUCAUGUCUCACUCUUCAGCUCCAACAACUCUCGCAUCCCUUCUUUUUGACAUGUAUCUCCAACCUAAAGAGGGAAAGGAUGAAAUCUUGAGAGAUAUUGAGGAAAAUUCUGAAAAUGUCACCAUUAUUUUCGAUGGCAUAAUGGAUGUGAUUGGCAACUCAGUGUUGAAAAGGGUCCUGGAGAAGACGCUUUUGUGUGAUGCUAAGAUUUUAAUCACAUGUAGACCAGAGGCUGAAGCUUCUAGCAUUCUCACUGACUGGCCAUCCUACAGGGUGGAGGUUCGUGGGUUCGAUGCUGCAUCCAUUCAUGCAUAUUUUGAGUGGAUGCUGGGUACAGAAAAUGAUGCAAAAUGUAAUGCUUUGAACAACCCAGAGCUCUUCAGCCUGUGUCAUGUCCCAAUGUAUGCCUUUAUAGUGACUGCAUGCAUGCCCCUCAGUCCAUCAGAUGUUUGUAAACAUCCAUGCACUAUAACUGAAAUGUAUGUGCAGAUCUUCCAUUACUGCUUGAAAAGAACUGGCAAACAGAAUGCAGAGGACUUAAACAAGUACAUACUGGUUAACAAGGGAGACAUAAGGUUUCUAGCAGCAACUUCUUAUCAGUCAAUGAAGGCUCAGACAGUCAACAUUGAAAAUUUAGUCUGCAAAGAUAUGGUUGUGCAGCAUGCUUUUUUGACAUCACUGACAUCCAAUGUUUCAUCAGCAUCAUACACAACUUUCUCUGCAUUUCUCCACAACACGAUGCAGGAAUUUUGGGCAGCUCUUUUCUUGCUGAUGGAGCCAGAUAACAUCAGCAGUGCUCUUAGUCAGUGCCACACUGAAGAUGGGAAAUACCUCAAAUACAUUUUCCCCUUCUUGUGUGGACUUCUGUCCAAAACCGUGUUUGAAAGUAUCAGCUGCCUAGUUUCUGAGGAGCACAUACAACACGUAACCUCUAAGUAUUUCAAAGACAUAUUGAACACAUUCCUUUACCCCCUGGAUCAGGAGGAAGAAGAUGAUGCUGAUUCAAUUAAGGCUGACAAUAUGCUUUUUAUUUGUCAGUGCCUGUAUGAGUAUCGGUCUUCUGAAGCCUGUUCAGACUUCCUGAACAGCGUAAAUAAUGAUAUCGAUCUGAGUGAUGAAACUCUCGACCCAAAUCAGUGCUGUGCUGUGUCCUAUGUCAUCAGUCAGGCCACCAAACAAAAUGUGGAACUGAAUCUUGUGGGCUGCAGUCUGUCUGAACCGGGCCUAAAAAUGAUCCUGGGGUGUCUGAAAAAUCUCCAUCGCCUCAGCAUGUCCCCCAGGAUCCAGCACUGGAUAUGGACCAUUGCCCUCCAUGCUGGACCGGGAACUGACUUUGACAACUUGUUGAGACUGCUUGGAUCCAGUAUGCACCUAGCAGUCCAAGAUCAAGGUGACCUGGAAUUGCUUGAGAAUGCUCGAGCAGUCCUGGCACAGGCAAGAUUGGCAAAAGUACAACUCGUUCUCCAUUUGGAUUCAAAACAUGCUCUCCGGUCUUCAUUGCUGGACUUAAUUAUGGGGAAUUUGCCUAAAAUUCUUUACAUAAGUUUCAGUCUUUCUGAGGAUCGAGCCGUGUCAACAGAAUCACGGAAGAAGACGGUGAACUCCGCACAGAUGGAUCUUUACCUGAAGGGGGCUCUGCUGGAGGCGGAGAAAUGUCGUGCCUCUGUACAACCCCUGCUAUCAGCACUUAGAAACACACAUUCAAGUUCUCCUGUGGACCAGAGUGAGUUCAUCCAGAUGCUGUACUCGCAUGCCAAAGCGUCCAAAGGCAGGUCCAUUCUACCAGCAUUACAUCCAGUUUUCCAGUCCCUCCCCACCACUUGGGUGAUAGACCUGUCUGAAGGAAAGACAUCUCUCAUCCUUGAAAUAAUGAGGCUGCAAACUUGUAAGAAACCGGUUGAGCUGAGGGGACAAACUGAAGACGAGAAUGAACUGAAAAAUGUCCUUCAAUGUCUACCUUUCAUCACACAGCUGCGGUUCAAUGACUGCAUAGCCUUCAAAGAUGAUGACACUUUGGCAGCAAUGAAAAUUCUUGUGAAGCUGUUCACACAAGCACUCUCCAUUGGAAAAGAUACUCUAAAUGCACUGUUGACAGCAUGCAGCUACUCAAAUUUCCCUUUUGCUGGGGAAGAUAAGGACGUGCAGAUGGUAUUUCUGUUGACCCUCUUUUCAAACCAAACAGAUGAAGGCCGUCUGCCAGCAUUGCUACCCCUAUACCAGUCAGUCCCUCCUGUUUGGCUGGUGGACCUUUCAAACGGGAAGAUGUCUGUCCUCCUUGAGAUUCUCAGACUAGACAAGUCGAGACAAGUAGAGCUUAAAGACAUGAAGAAAAAUGAAGAAGCAUUGGAUGAACUCAGGAGUUUUUUGCAGUGUCUGCCAUGUGUAUCACAACUGAGUUUCAGUGAGAGCCUCUCUGACUACAGUGCUGCCUGUAAUCGAGUCCUAGAGCUCAUCACCCUUGCAUCCUCAGAGGGUGAUGAGUCCCUGAAGAGGCUGUCAUCAGUGUGCAGCUACCCAACGUUUCCCUUUGCUGAGGAAAAUGAAGACCGGCAAAGAACGUUCCUACUGGAACUAUAUUUUCGUGCAGUAUCUGCAGAAAGCAGCGUCCGGCCAUUUCUAAAAUCGGUGUACGAGUCGGUCCCUACUGUUUGGACAGUGGACCUUUCUGAUGCAAAGACCUUAUUGCUCCUUCGCAUACUUAAACUGCAAACAGUGAAGAAGCCAGUGGAAUUGAGAGGCUGGUCAGGAAAAGAAGAGGAACUGUCACGUCUUUUGGAGUGCACCCCUUAUGUCUCGAAGCUCAGAGUCAGUGCCACAUUUUUUGACAACAAUCCCAAGAAAACCAUCAAAUUCUUUCAUGGCCUUUUCACUCUGGCCUCAUCGUUGGGAGAAGAGGCAUGUAGAAGACUGUUGUCAGUGUGCAGCUACUCAACCUUCCCCUUUGCCGAAGACGAUGGCUAUAAGCAGACAAGUUUCCUGUUGGAUCUCUACUCACACACUUGGAGCCAACAGACGCAGAUGGAAAAGUGCAUUCUCCCGUUUGUUGAGAAGAUUUUCCAGACAACUCCUACAAUCUGGAAGGUGGACCUCUCUGACGAAAACACAUCUGCACUCCUCCAGGUAUUGAAACUACAGCCAGUGAAGAGACCAGUGGAGCUAAGGGGCUGGCCAGAGGAUGAAAACAAGCUCAGGGAUUUCCUUCUCUUUCUUCCCAAUGUGCCAAAACUGAGUUGUGAUGAGCGGUUUCUCCAGUCCCUAUGUGAGUUCUUAUCUGUGGACAGUAAAUGGGAUCCAAAGCUUGUCUCUUUGCUCUUGAGACCAACGGGAUUUGCCUUUACAUUAGCGGGCGUGUUGCCCAGCAGAAUCUGUAAGGCAGUGGGAGAAGUUUUGAGCCAAGACCCAGGAGAGAACUUCUCCCUCACUCUCAUCCCAGAAGCCAUUUCCUGGCAAGGAGCUGAGCUGCUUCUCUCCAAUGUGACACAUCUCAAAAGACUAAGGAUGAAUGAAGUCAUGACACGUAAAAUGGGCAAAAUGGCCAGGAGAUAUGGCAAAUCAGUUAUCAUUGAAGAACUUCAGCUCAUGCCAGACAAUCCUACUCAAGCAGUGACAUCACGUUUAGCUUUGCUUCUGAGAGUAUGGACCAUUAAAGUACUGGAUCUGACAAAAUGGCAAACUGAUGGCACCUCUCUCAUUUGUCUACUGUGUCUCAACAGCUCAUUUUCCAUACGAAUGUCUCAAGAAACUCUAGAGGAAGUAGUUGAAGUAGUGUACUCAGCCCAGGAUGUUGGUCUCACCCAGCUGUUAAUGGAGAAGAUUGAUGGGGAUCUGUCACAAUGCAGUCUGUCUUGGGGUGUGCUUCAGUACUUUCUACAGCAGUCCAAAAGACCCAUAGCUGUAGACGUUGGGAAAAUCAAAUGGGAUGUGCUCAACAUCAUGGAAGUUCUACAGUCUCAAAAAGAAAUACACUUAAGAGGAGUAAACAGCCAGUUUGUGAGAGAUACCCUGAGAGAGAUCUACAAACAACAUGUAGGCCACUUGGUGACUCAGCUGGUGAAGUCAUCUUAUAACGAGAUCAAUCUAAGGGAGAAACAACUUGACCCCAGCGACUUUAACGCCUUGCGCUUUGCACUCCACUACAGUGAUGGCAUCAGACUUGACCUCACCAAUGCUAUCAUCCCACUGGAAGAGCUUGGGAAUGUCCUAACGUUUCUAGACAGAGUGUUGGAACUUAGGAUUGACCAGAAGCUGUUGAUCAAUCUCAUCCAUACCAGUGUGGUUUCCAUGAACCAGAAGGAGGAAACAGUAUCUCUCUUGAGAGCAUUGCAAUACAAACUGGAUUUCUCCAGCCAGGAUGAAAUAUAUCUUAGCACUGCAGACUGCAGGGCUAUCUCUCGUGCUAUCAUCUGUUGCUCCGUCAGUGACAUAGAACUUACCAUACGGGACUGCCAAGUGGAGGAGUCUGGAGUGGAGGAACUAUUUCCAGUUAUGCACAAAGUAGUUUUCAGAUUUGAUAAAAAUCUCCUCAGGCAGUUCCUGUCUGUCACACUGAGCGAUUGUGAAAUAGACUCAAGAAACCGUGCCUCAGCCAUCUUAAAAGCUAUUGGGAAGGAGUUAGACCUCAGUCACAUUCAGCUGGAUGGUCAGCUCUGCACAGCACUGGGGCUGGUCCUGAAGCAGUGCGAAGAACUGUCUAAGCUGGACCUCAGUCACUGCCAACUCACAGAUGAAUCCCUGGACCACUUACUUCCACAUCUGCACAAAGCACAAAUUGUGAAUCUGGACAACAAUCGUAUAACUGACCAAGGAGCUCGAAGGCUUUACAGGGUCAUGGCAAACAGCCACUAUACUGGGACAGUCCGCCUCUUUAACAACUCGUUAUUGGAUAUUGAAGCCUUUGUGAUGGACAGUCGCUUUGAAAUACUGCCAUGUCUUGAUGACGACAAGAGAACCAUUCAGCAACAAAGUGAAAGUGAUCCAUCGAAAGCAAAUCCAUCUUCCAAGGCUGCUCUUAAGAGACAAGAUUUGAUGGAAGAGAUUGACCCAGAAGUAUUGGUCUGUAAUGGCAAGUUAUCAUACAGGUUUCAGACAUCCACUGGGGGAACAUUUCAGUGCAAAGCUACUGGAUUGGUGUUUGGACUGAGGAAACAAGCCUGUGUGGAGUACCGUGUAGUCCCCUAUGAUAGGAAUAUCCUGUCCAUGUUUAAUUAUGAACCUGCAGGACCUCUGUUUGACAUCACAUGUUCUAAAAGAGAAAUAUGCCAACUUCAUCUGCCCCACUGUGAAAUUGAUGUGAAUGCUAUUGGAGACUUGGUUGUGAUGCACAUCUCCUCAAAAAGAUCCAAGUAUCUUAUACCAACAAAGUUUACACAAACACAUGUAGCUGUUCAGGUCCACGGGCUUUGUAAGUUUGGAAUCUUGCGCAGCAAGCGGAGAAAACAGCGACCGUUUGUCCACAUCCUCGGCCAAGUGCUUCUCUUCCUUGAACCCUGCAUAACUGAUACCGAACACAGGCUUUGGGUGUUCCUGUUGCCUCGCAAUGUACCUCCGUCUGAGAUCCAAGAGCAGCAGAAGGAGUAUGUCUUCAUCCAAACGAGCUCCAACUGUUUUCUAAGACGCAAUAGGAAGUACAAGUUGAUCUCAGACUUGGAAAACUACACAGUGCAGCCCAAGACUUAUGUUUUAAAGUCUGUCUACAAUGGUUACCACCAUGCAGCAUUUGAAGUUUUCUUUGACUGCAAUGUGACUGAAAUGCGUGUGAAGAUUCAAGACAGGCAAAAGUCAAAACAGUCUUGGGAUCGUCGUGUGGUUUUCAAGGCAAAUUAUGAUAACCAGAUCAAAAAAGAGGUUCAGCAUGAGGUACAAGGAGGACCUUUACUCACAGAAGGUGAUUGGCUGGCCGCUUUAUGUGACAUCCUGGAAGAGCUGGACGAGGACCAACUCAAGAGGCUGAAGAGCCUAGUGAAGACCCCCGAAGGCCUGCCACCAAUUCCCACGGGUAAACUGGAGAAGGCAAAAGGAUCAGAUUUUGCAGACCUGUUGGUCCAGAGUUGGGGGUUUCAGGACUCUGUCAAGGCAACUCAGAGCCUUAUGAAGAAGCUACCGCGCAAUGAUUGUGCUGUGACAUCCAAGCUAAGACCUUUUGUCGAACAGUUUGGCUUUGUCGACAAACAGUCAGGAUUAUCUCCAAAGAUCAGACAUAACUUCUAUGAUUGUCAUGUACAGAGCCAUAUAAAGGUCUAGAAACAUUGCAAUUAACCCUGCAAUGAAUAUUCAAUAUGGACUCAGGGUACAAAUGUGAAAAUGUAUUUUCUGUAUUCUGUAUUUAUCUAGAUAUUUAUGAAAGAUUUAUUUUUAUAUAUUUAUAUUUUGCAAAUUGUUUUUAAUAUGCAUAUGUACAGUAUAUGUAUAGGCACAUAUGUAUGAAUACGUAAAACAAAACAAUGUAGGCUAUGUAAUGUCUGUACGUUGGACAUCUAGUCAGAUUUAUUUUUUAUGUUUUCUGGUGUUAUGUUGUUGUUGUAUGUUGAUAUUGAUGAAGAUGAUAUCUGUAUAGAUUAUAUCCAGGUUAUUUUUUCAUUGUUCUUUUUUUUUUUUUUUUUAAGGAAAACUUGGGGCGGACUGUAGGUCUAAUUGUCUUGUCUGAAUUCAGGUUGAUAUUCACAUAAUAUGAAAAGUGCUAUACUUGAAAUGGUUUUCAUCACCAUCUCCCUUUAUAUAAUGUAUAUUUAUUAGUGCUCACACAGCAUUGCGGGAUAUUGCAGGUGAAUUUGGUUGUUAAUGUACAUAUUUUCAUCUUCAGGAAUAAUUAUUUAUUGUGACAUUAGAGAUGAACGCUUACACAACCAAAGAAUAACGCAAAAGAAAUGAGAAACUUGAAAUGAAAUAUUGCUUGCUUUUUCAACUCACAUACCGGUACAUUGUUUUGUAAGCAUUUGUAAAGUAUGUUAGCUAAGUUAGAUUUUCAAUUUUGCAAACUUCCAAGGCUUAUUUGGCAUAAGGUUGUGAUAGAGAAAUGUAAUGAGGACAUUGUUAUUCUAUUUUUAAUCGGAAUGCUUAUCCUGUUUGCUGAGGCCUACUGUCUUGGUGAGGCAAACCACCUGUUUUUGUACUGAUAGUCAUGCAUACCGUUCUUCUUUCAAGGACAUGUUCUGAGAACACUGCUAUAAUUUCUGUAGCGAUGUGAAACAGACAUUUAAUCAUCCUGGGAAAAAACGCCCUUUGUCUGCUCAUGAAAUUGUUUUUUUUAUAUUCACUUAAAGGCUGGCUGCGCCCAGCUCAUCUUUGGAGUCUGUUCAUGAUAUUUGGUUGUGACACUCUCCCUCUUUUGCAAACGAUAAAGCGCUGAUAUUAUUCUAA